GGUUCUAUUCCGACUGGCUUGACACUGGUGUGGAAAAGAUGGCUGCUUCGGCGGCAACGGGGAGUUCUUCCCCAGGUUUGUGUCCAAAUUACGCCGUGAUUUGCUCCUUCCUGGAAAGGUACGGAGCGUUGUUGGACUUGCCGGAGCUCACCUUCCCCCAGCUGGAGCGAUCCCUGCAGGACACAUCCUCCGUCCCGAAGCUGCUGGUCGAUCUCCACGUGAAGCUGCUGAGGAAGAUCGGCAAGUCUGUGUCAGCAGACCGAUGGGAGAAGUACUUAGUGAAGGUAUGUCAGGAGUUCAACACCACGUGGGCGUGGGAGCUCGAGCAGAACGGGUACCAGGAGCUGACGAGCGAGUGCAAGACGGGGAUCCUUAAGUAUUUGUGCGAGUGUCAGUUUGACGAAAAUGUCAAGUUCAAAACGGCCAUCAACGACGAGGACCCGGAGAAGAUGCGGCUGCAGCCCAUCGGCCGGGACAAAGACGGUCAGAUGUACUGGUUCCAGCUGGACCAGGAGGACAACGUGCGCGUCUACCUGGAGGAGCAGGACGACCUGGACGGGUCCUCGUGGAAAUGCAUCGUCAAAGAUAGAAACGACCUGGCCGAGGUAGUGGCUCUGCUGAAGACGCAAAUUGACCCCGAGCUGUUAAAAAGAGACCAAGAAAACAAACCCGAGGGUGAAGUUAAAAAGCUCGAGGACACGUCCGACGACGACAGCAAAGACUCCACCAAGGCCGCCCGUCCCGUCUCCCCAAAGAUGGAGAACGAUGAGAAAGAGACGGAGAAAGACGACUUGAAAACGGAAGCCUCCGACACCAAAUUGUCUCUGAACGGCGUUGCUGAAGGCAGCGGUCCAGCAGAGGUCCAUGCGGAAAAGUCCUCAGGAGAUCUCGAUGUCAGCACCAAGAGCCGGAGCAUCAAAGAGGAGCCGAUGGAGGCGUGUGGCGGUAACGCCAGCGAACCUGCCGCCGAGGCGCCGCGCGUCCCCGUGAAGGCGGAGAAGGCCGGCGAGGCGAAAAAGAGCAGCGCGGAGGAGGUUCAGCAAGCGCUGAAGGACGACCAGCAGGCCAAGAUCCCCCUGAAGAAGAGGGGGAUGAAGUACAGCGAAGACUUCGAAAAGAGCAGCGGCAUCAUCGUGCAAAACCCGCUGGUCCCUCCGCUCAGAGAAGCCCCCACAGCAGACCCCGCCCCCACAGCAGACCCCGCCCCCACAGCAGACCCCGCCCCCACAACAGACCCCACCUCCACAGCAGACCCUCCUCCACAACGACCCCGCCCCCACAACAGACCCCUCCUCCACAACAGACCCCGCCCCCUCAGCAGACCCCUCCUCCACAACAGACCCCUCCUCCACAGCAGACCCCGCCCCCACAACGGACCCCACAUCCACAGCAGACCCCUCCUCCAAAAUAGACCCCGCCCCCACAAUGGACCCCUCCCCCACAGUAGACCCCUCCCCCACAACAGACACCACCUCCACAGCAGACCCUCCUCCAAAACAGACCCCGCCCCCACCGCGGACCCCGCCCCCGAGCAGACCAGUGCGCCGCCGGUUCUGACUGUGAACGGGGAAGUUCUGCCUGGACCAGAGAAAGUCCUCCGGGGACGCCCGGCGCUGAAGGAGCUCGCCACUGAAGCCGGUGAAUCUGCCGAGCGGCUACGGAGGGACGGCGCCCUGCCGGACCAGGGGGAGGGGCAGGGGGAGGGGCAAGAUUGCAGCGAGGAGGCGCUCGUACCCAACAGAGAAGACUCGGGCGAGAAGCACCCGAAUGUGCCAGAAGGCAACGCGCCAAAAGGAAAGACCGAGUGUCCUACAGAGACCAGAGACGUAGACAAUGCACCAGAGACGCCGUCUGAUCGGGACGAGCGAGAAAAAGUAGAGGACACCACAAAAGAGUCUUGUGAGACGAAAACCGGAGAGUCGGGAAGACGCAAAGAAGUCGAGUCGGAGGGUUCCGAGUUAAAGGAGGCGUCUCCGACGAGAGGAACGACGGCGUGCGAGACCGACUUGCAGAAAUCCACGACGCCGGGAGUCCUCCAAGCAACUGAGAGCGGAGACAGAGACGCUCCAAAGAAAUGUCCUGACGCAGCGUCUGUCAUUAAAAAGACGGCGGGACCAGCAACCAGAGAGACGUCGGGAGGACGGUCCACCGCUGGAGACGCCGUCGGGUCCUCUGUCAUUAAACAGUUCGCCGCAUCGUGUAAACCUGCACAGCGGCCCGAUGCAGAGACAAAGACGGAGGGGGACGCCGGCGCAGCCUCUGGAGACACGGAGACGAGUAAAAACUCCGAAGAGGGGAAGAAGACGGGCGGCCGAGACAACGGUACGAUACGCGACGACUCCAAGAAGAGCGACACCACGCUUACCGCCGGGGACGUGAAAGCAGUAGGACACCAUCCAAAGGCUCGAGAAGAGGACAAAGCUGAGGGGGACUCCGCUGCACGAAAGAGGAAGGACGCUUCUGGGGGGAAAGAUAAGCCAUCCAGCUCUGUGGAGGACAAAACCACCUCUCAAGGAGCUGAACGAUGCCACAUGGGACAGCGAGUGGACAAAACCGAGGCAGAGCGUCCAUCGGCGAGUAAAAAGGACACAGACAAGGAAAAGAGGGACACAGACGAGAUGAAAAAGGAUACAGAGAAGAACGUAGACAAGGAAACAAAAAAAGACACCGACGCCAAGACGGACAAUGAAAGGAAGGUCACAGACGUUGAAAAGAAAAAGGACACAGAUAAGGAAACUAAAAAGGACACAAACAUUGAAAAUAAAAAGGACACUGAGAAGAAAAAGGACACAAAUAUUGAAAAGCAAAAGGACACUGACAAAAAAAGGGACACAGUCACUGACAAGGAAAAGGACACAAAUAUUGAAAAGAAAAAGGACACUGACCAGAAAAAGGACACAAACAUUGAAAAGAAAAAGGACACUGACACCGAGAAGGAAAAUGACACUGACAAAGAAAAGGACACAAAUAUUGAGAAGACAAAGGACACAAAGGUAGAAAGCAAAGAGCAGGAAGGAGCUCGUAGUGGAACUGAAGCCUCGACCAAACCGCAGGAAUCUGCUCCCCAAACCGCCGGCAAAGAACUGGACCCACUUGAGAAAGACGUCGGCCCGGACAGAGAACCCGGCGAGGACGGCGGCCCUAAAAGCGAGAGCCGAGACGAGGCGUCGGCAAAGAAAGAGUUGGCCAACGGCGGGAGGCCGACAUCCCGCACGUUCAAUCCCAGAGGCCACCGGAGGAAAGCCCAGCUCCAGAGGGACGAGAUCCGAGCGGACUCCGAGUCCGUCCCCGCCGCGGGGAGGUGUCUCCGAAGGUCCGUGAGGAUCUCCAGGCCCACGGCCAAGGCGGUGGAGGUCCACGACAGGAAGGCGGAGAAACCCGCGGCCGAGAAGGACGGAGACGACGAGGCCGAGAAAGAGAAGUUGUUGUUGUUGGAGGAGGAGGAAGAGGAGGAAGGGAAAGCUGUACAGAAGAAUCCCAGAGAGAAGAAGGUGGACCAGGAGGAUCGGCCCAAACCAAAGGGGAGGAAGAGGCGGAGGGUCCGGUGGUCCAACACGCGGUCCCGCCGCAAAAAGAAAGGCUCCGAAGACGACAACAGCGACGAGGAGUCCAGCGAGGACGAGGACGAGGAGGAGAGCGAGGACGACAGCGACGAAGACUACAAGGUGGAGCGGAGCAGGAAGAGGCGGAGCCGCAACCGAGAGAGACGAAGCUCCGCCUCCUCCACGUCCUCUGACGACGACCUGCCCCCCAACGACGACCCCUGCAAACACUGCGGCCUCCCGAAUCAGCCCGAGCUGAUCCUGCUGUGUGACUCGUGUGACAGCGGGUACCACACCGCCUGCCUGCGGCCUCCGCUCAUGAUCAUCCCCGACGGAGAGUGGUUCUGUCCGCCCUGUCAACACAAGCUGCUCUGCGACAAGUUGGACGAGCAGCUCACGAACCUGGACGCCGCUUUGAAGAAGAAGGAGCGCGCCGAGAGACGGAAAGAGCGACUCAUCUACGUUGGAAUCAGUCUUGAAAACAUCAUCGCGCCCUCGGGGGAGGUGGAGGAGGAGAAGCCCGAGAUCAUCGUCAAGGAGAAGAAAGAAGCGAAGCGGAGUAAGAGCUGGGGUCGAAGGUCAACGAGGACCAAGAAAUCCAUCAGCUACAGAUUUGAUGAAUUCGACGAGGCGAUCGAGGAGGCGAUCGAGGAAGACAUCAAAGAAGCUGAGGGCGGAGGAGCUGGACGGGGCAAAGACAUGGCCAACAUCACCGGACACCGAGGGAAGGACAUGUCCACCAUCCUGGAGGCGGGCGAGGGCAAAGAGAACGGGCGCCCGCCCCGCCCCCCCGCCGGGCAGCGCAGGAAGAAGCGCCGGCGCCUCAACGACCUGGACAGCGACAGCACGGUGGAGGAGGAGGAGAGCGAGGAGGAGUUCCGCGUCAGUGAAAGCUCGGAGGAGGAGUUCGUCGUGACGGAAAACGAGAGCGAAGGCGAGUCGGAGUCCAACAACAGCGGCAGCAACGGGGACGGCAAGCGGCGAAACGCCUCCUCGCGGCGCAGGAAGCCGCUGAAACGGCGGCGGAGCUCCAGAAAGCGACGACGGCCGAGGGGCUACUCGGAUGAUGAAGAGGAGGAAACGGACGAGGAAGAUGAGGAGGAAAUAGUGACCGAAGGCUCCAGCGAGUUCAGCGACAGCGACCUGGACGUGAGCUUCCGGCGCUCGCGCCGCAGUCAGAAGAAGCGAGUCAACUACUGCGAAACGUCCGAGUCCGGCGGCUCUCAGAACGAAACCCGACCGUCCAAGACGAAGCGCCGGGUCCGUCCGGACAGCUCCGACAGCGACGCGAGUUCCUCCAGAGGCUCCGAGGAGGAGCCCAGGGGCCGCGGGGCGAAGAGGAGAGCCGACUCCGAGGAGGACGAAUCCCAGCAGCGGCGCAGACGCCUCGCUCUCAAACGCCGGAGAGCCUCCGAGGACGACGAGUCGGACGACGACUCGGACGAAUCGUCUGAGGAGGACCGUCCGAUCCGAAAACGCGUGAACCGCAUCGACUCCGACGACAGCGAGGACGAGGAUGAUGAUGAGGAGGGGAAGGACCAGAAGGAGGAAGCGAAGGAGAAGAAAGCCGCUGGAACCCCGGACGAGGAGUCGACAGGAACGACCCCGGUGGACUGCAAAGCGGCGGCGGCGCUGCCGCCCACCAACGGACAGAGCUCAUUAAAGGGCCCCGUCAGGCAAGCCCGCCGCGGCGCAGGACCCCCCAAAAACAUAGCGCCACACCAACUGUUGCCAUAGCGCCCAA